AUGGCACCCUCAAGUCCAUAUGUCCAAGCUGCCAACAUGGGCUGCUGUGGUGCUGUUCCCGUUUCCUAUCUCAUUUUUGCGCUUGUGGCCACGGCGAAGGGAUCUACGAUUGGAGAUAUCCCACAAAAGCCCGUGGAUAUUCUCGCUCGGGUUGGUAUUAGAGAGUGGUGCACUGUUGACAUCGACUGGACAUGCACUAAAGGGCAUUUUAAUACAACGUGGAAGAGUCCUAUGAAGGUGACUAAAGGACAGCAUUGGGGCAACCACGUCAAAGCCAAGUGCAAAUCUAGGAUCAGCAAGAGCGUGUUCUUCUACGUGGCUGUAGAUAUCGAAGUCGAAGUCGAAAUGAAGUUUCUCAUGAGUAGGAGGGAAGCACUCCGAGACGGAGAUAAUGAGGCCUGGAAUAUUUAUUGGAUGCAAAUCACUGUUAUCGAUGCGUCGAGGGACAGGAACUUCAGUGACGAUAAAGAAGCCAAGCGAAGCAGCUGGAGUUUCCAAAUGGAUGGACAACGAGCUCCGAAGGAAGCCAUCAAAGCAGAUUUGGCAAACGAUGGAGCUCUUGUAAUAAAGCCCAGCCUCAUUGGUGUGAUGGUUGACCCAAAGAGGAUGCGUAACAAUGGAAAGAAACACGCUCGGUUAUCCAACCAACGCAAACUAUGAAGGUUCGGUAACAGCGGUGUAGGUGAAGGCGCAGAAAUGAAUGCUUGCACGACCCGAUUGUCUAUGCUGUCUAGAUGGGUGGAGAAGACCGUCAAGGAGCGGAUACGUUGUGUAUA